UGUAAUUAGAGCAAGGACCCAGCAAUGGUGGAUACCGCUCGCUGGCCUAGCAGAAUGACGGUGUUACGGAAAGUGUCAGUAUUGAUGACGUGGGUCUUGCUGUGCGUCACUGACGUGACGUCCCUCACGCCGUUUUGCACCGGGGGUCCCGGAACCCAGCCUAACCCGACAGAUCCUCCACUGCCGGACAUGUCGUUCCAGUCCUUCCAGGCUCACGUGGAGGCCAACUUCAUCGACAAAGGCUACACAAUGGACGCGGAACAGUACCUCAACUUUGACGGCAACAUCGGCUUGAUCAAAAUGUUUGCCAACGGCAUGGACUCCCGUUCUAUAUACAGCUAUAAUACCGGCGAGAUUUUUAAUGUUGACACAGAUUCAAAUUGUCAGGUUUUGAAUCUCACAACGUCCAACGAAAUGAAUCUGUUCGGCGAUGACGUCACGGAUGGGCGCAGCCAUAUACCACCAGCAAACCAAGCUCUGCGAUUCGGAUCCCAAAAUGGCCCGGUGUUCAAGGGGUACGGUACUACACGUGGUCUCCCCACCCUACACUGGCAGUCGUGUAUGUACUGGCCCCAAGCAAACACCAACUUCACCUUGGACCACUACUUCACAGCCUCAAACUGGACAACUUCAUCAACUCAUGUGAUGGUUCCGGUGAGAAUAGAAAUGUCUGGAGAGCAAACUUUUACUAACGGCUCUGCCCCGAGGAAGUUCCACCACGUGUACGACUACUUCGACUUCAAGGACGACACCGACCUUGGUCCGACAGACUAUGAGACACCUAACAAUGUGGAAUGCCCCGGCAGGAUCAACACUAAAGGUUUACCACAACUGCCAUCAAACUACUAUUACCGCCAGGAGAUCAUUGACGUUGUGAACGCCGACAUAGAGCAGGCUGAUAUUUGGUACAAUUCUGACAACAAGUACAUCAGAGUCGACCACAGACCGGACCAAAUGACAUCUACCAUCAACACUCUCAACCCCAUAACCGAGAUACACGACUUUAACUACGGUGUCCGCUAUGUCCGGGACCAGGUAACAGGCAACUGUUCAGUAUUUCCAAUGGUCAACGGUUCUUUUGAUGACAUGAUGAAUCCCCAAGCUAGCAAACAGAAUGGCUCCUUCAUUCUACAGAUGAAAAACCCGCUUCAGUUUUUCGGUCUCAACAGCAACUACACCUACUCCGGACAGCGGUAUGCACGUGACGCUCUAUGUGACGUGUACACAUCUGUGAGGUCAGGUUACGGCGUCCCAGGCAACCUUAAUGUCAACGUGACCUUCGAAUACUACUUCCUGUCUGAAGGAUGGGGUGACGAUCCCAACACUGGAUACACAUCAUACCAGACCCGCUUUCCCUUCCGUUUGGAAGUAACGGCUUUGUCAGUUGGCUAUCAUGUUGUUUACAACUUCUUGGAUUUUGUGGAGGACAGUCCCUCCCUUAGGGCCUUCGACGUCUCCGACUGUUUUCCUGACACAGGGAAACUGGGGUUCACAGUCCAGUUUCAGUUUCUGGGGGACGAACCGAAACAGUUCAACCGCGACAAGGAAGACCUGUUGAUCUUGAAGUCUCACAUAGUUUUCAUGAGCACCAUGAAUGUCAACCCCAUUCGACUCGGGCGCUUCAGGGUAGAGUACGACAACACCAACGUGUACGUCAGCGCGACGUUGGUGGACCGAACGCCGCCAGCAGCACAGUUCUCGUUCGUCCCCAAAUCGGAGAUUGAAAAGAGUGAUGACGUGGUUUGGAACAACAUCACAGAUCCCCGAACAUGCGCAGACCUGUGUGUUUCGAGUGAGGCUAUCGUCUGCCGCAGUUUUGACUUCUGUCCACUGGACGGGUAUAAAUGCAAACUCAGCAAGGCUCACAUUGGAGAUGGAACUGCUGUUCUUAAGCAAAGCGUAUGCGACCAUUUCUCACGCACCGUGGACCCUACCUCUGCCCACGAGAAGACCAUCUCAGAAGCCUACGGCGAUUUGUUAGACCAGCUGUACCAAAACCAGGUCCAGAUAGAUAUACCAGAAGACGAUGGCUCGACGCGGACAUACGGAGCCAUAUACUCGUCCAUCAACUUCGGGUACACGGACACAAAACCAUUGCCGUCAAUGCCGGAACAGUUCUCCUACAGAAUGGAGGUCGUCAUCCCAGACAAGAAGGUCGCCAGCGCAGUAGACGUGUGGUACGAUUCCAAGUACAAACUGGCUCGGUAUGACUACCGCAACAUCCUGGCUUCGCCUCCCUAUUACUCACCGUAUACGAUGACGUAUAUACACGACUUCAACACGGGCAUCUCCUACGACAUCGACACGGUACAGGGAAACUGCACCAUCACCCCGAUCACAGCGUCCCCACAACCAGAUUAUGAUAAGGACAAAGCGGCGUUCGCUAACAACGGAGCGUUUGUGGUUAAGAUGAAGGGACCCCUGGAGAUGUUUGGUCUCGACUACCAGUAUAGGUAUGCAGGGGAGAAAACAGCCCGAGGUAUCCGGUGCGACGUGUUUGAGACAGAGGUGCCGGAAUUUUACUUCCCUACCAUCAACAAAACGACGAGGGCGAUCUUCCAGUACUAUUUCCAGUCGAGUGCUUGGAACAUGGUGGCAGACCAAAGCAGUGACGUCACGAGGGAACAGCCCGUCAUGGUCCACGUCGUCGCACCUGAUAUCAACAUGUUCAUGGUGUAUAACUUCUACGACUUUGACGACGAGGAUCCUGGCAUUAGUGUCUUUGACAUCAAGAACUGCUUCGGCGACGACCAACGACACAGAUUCAUGGUCACCUUCGACAAACCAUUCGACCCCUAUCUGGACGAUAUACAGAUCCUGUUCGAGCGGGAGGUUCUCGCGGUGUUGUCCGAUAUGACCUUUUCCUCGGCAAUCCGCUUUCAGGAGCCUCAAGUCAACUCCAACCUGAACAACGUCUACAUGACCGUCACUCUGCUAGGACAGGUGGACUACAUAUUACACUUCACCAAGCUGCAAGGCCCCCACCCGGCCCACGCAACAUCGAAGACCAUCACAAACAUCAAAUCCCCCGACGACUGCGCCCAAGCCUGCAUAAAGGAAUCCCAGUUUAUCUGCAACAGCUUCGACAUCUGUCCCUCCUCAAGUAUUUGCCGACUCAGCAAAACACACGUCGACGACAGCAUGCAACCGGCUGAUAUUGGAAAUGACAAUCAAAUCUGCACGCAUUACUCACGUACCGUAAACGGUUCUGCUCAGGAACCCGACAUGCUGCAUGUGUACGACACCAUCAAAGAUCUGGUGUACAAGCAUCUGAUACAGAUCCCAAUCAAUUACGGUAACCAGACGAUCAUGUACAUCGCCAACGGAGUAAGGGAUGACAUCAUGAUGACGACUCCCCCGUCUGUCACAGAAGGACAGUACUUCAAGCAUUACAAGGUCUACCGAAACAACGCUGCCUUCCUCCAUAACGACUUCAUCCUCCACCAGAUGGCUGUGGACGAUUGCGCGACGGCGUGUUCUGAGGACAGCCGUUUCGACUGCGAGUCGUUUUCGUAUUGUUACACAACCGGGGACUGCAUGUUGAGCAGACUCCACCCCGACAACAGCCAGAGCCUCCUCGUAAACCAGUCGUACUGUGACCUGUAUGCAAAGAGUUAUGUGUACGACUUCAACAAGUACCCCGGCCAGGUCCUGCUGACACCUGCCGACAAAAAUCUGGAAUCAGUCAACUCCCCCGACAUGUGCGCCAAGAGCUGCUCCCUCACCACCGACUUCGACUGCAAGAGCUUCGACUACUGCCCCAACCUCAAGUCUUGUGGUCUCCGGAAACAACACAUACUGGAGGUGCCAGAUACGUCCGUCGUCGCCAGCCCAAUGUGUGAUCACUAUUCCAGAAACUACGUAUACGACUUCAGCAAAACUAGCAACAGCGUCAUCAGCAGCCAUGACGACAUCGUGGUGUCCGACGUCACAAGAGACGCCUGUGCAAAGUUAUGCGUGGAGCAGAGCGGCUUCGAGUGCAAGAGCUUUGAGUUCUGUGGCAAUACAACAGACUGUAGACUGUCCUCUGCCCAGCCCAGGAGUAAUCCCGUCACGGUCGUCCCUGAUAAGAUAUGUGACUUGUACACACGUACACUUAUAAAAGGCAGUAUUCCAUACGACCCCAAUGCGGCACUCCACUAUCAAUACCUUACGAAGCCCCAAGAUGAUUCAGGGGCAAAGGCGGGUCUUGCUGUUGGGAUGUUGGUCCUGGGUGUGCUGCUAGGGACCACUGCCCUGUAUCUCGUACUACGGCUCCGGGGUAAAAAGCCGGAAGAUAUGAGUGUCCAUUUCGUGAAUAAGGAGAAUGAUUAGACUGUGAUAAAUAGAAUCUUGUUAUGUGGUCACGUUUACCUGGAAUACAUCUGUGUUCAGAUUUAUCUGUUACCUAUGUUCAGACUAAUCUUUCACACACCUGUGUUCAGACUAAUCUUUUGCGCAGCUGUGUUCAGAGCAAUCUGUUAAGGAGCUGUGUUCAGAAUAGUCUGUUGCACACCUGUGUCCAGAAUAGUCUGUUGCACAAAUGUGUUCAAAACAGCCUGUUGCACUCGUGUGUUUAGAAUAGUCUGCUCCAAACAUGUGUUCAGAACAGUCUGUGCAAACUUGUGUUCAGAAUAGCCUGUUGCAUACCUGUGUUCAGAAUAGCCUGUGCAAAUAUGUGUUCAGAAUAGUCUGUUGCAAAUAUGUGUUCAGAAUAGUCUGUUGCAAAUAUGUGUUCAGAAUAGUCUGUUGCAAAUAUGUGUUCAGAAUAGUCUGUGCAAACAUGUGUUCAGAAUAGUCUGUUGCACGCCUGUGUCCAGAAUAGUGUUCACAUUAAUCUGCUAUACACUUUAUAUCAGUUUGAUCGCUCACACAACUAGUAACCGUUAAUGAAUCAUCAACAUCACAACUCAUUGUAUUAUAAUAAAUCACCCACACACGUCUCAUAAUAUUAUUAAACCAAUAAUUGUUUUUCUUAAAACAGGUAACCCUCACACCAGAUUUUAUCAUAGGCUGUCGAUUCAUAAUUAUGUUUUCAUAAUUGUGUACUGUGAUUAUGUGUCCCAGCCCACCCAGCUGUGAAUGGGUACCUCGAAAGGAUGGGAAAGUCACAUUAACUCUGUGCGCCUAGUUGAGAUUAAUAAUAUGAAGUGCCGCUGAGAUUGACAUCCAAUGAUCGAGGGAAAAAACAAAGACGCGCUUUGAGCAUGCAUGUGGGAUGGACUAUAGCGCUCUAUAAAUACCCAAUUGUGAUUGUACGUCUAUACAAAAUACAUGCUAUUUUCAUGUCAAAACAGAACUCCUGUCGCUCUCCAUUUUGAUUCAAGUUAAAACUACGUUCUUAGCAUAGCUUGCAAAAAGCUAUAUUUACCAAUCAGAUCAUAAACAUUCAUCGCCAGCAAGUCACUUUGCAUUUUUUCGAAAAGCAAAUAAAUAAAUGAAGAAUUACAGAAAGACAAAUCGAUGUAACAGUCAGUGGCUAGUCCAUUCAUGGUCAUGUAGUCACAGUGUUCGCUCGUCACAACCAAGUCCGGGUUCAAUCCCCAACAGUACAACAGUUGAACCCCAUUUGUGGUGUCACCCACUGUAAUAUGGCUAAAAGUGGCGUAAAACCGCACUCACUCACUCCUUCACUCACUAUGAAUCAUGACCUCUGUUUGAACGUGUUUGUGGCCUCUCGGUCAUUCAAACACAACUAUUGUGGACUGUGGAUUAUGCAAUUUAUUGAUUGUAUAUACAUAUAUAUGACAUGUGUAAAGCUGUAAAUAAAAUCUUUCACACAACUGAA